UCUCGAUGUGUCAGAAGGGGAGUCAGGGCGAGUCUUGACUGCAGACAUCGUCGAGGAUCCUACAAGGAUGCUCUUCAACAUGAACAGAAAUCUUCUUUUCUCCCUCAAAGAAUUAUCGAUGUCAAAUGUGUGACCGCGCCAAUCAGUAACCAAAAGGACAACCAAAGGCGCACACAUCCAAACGAACUAAAGAGGACAAGUCGAAUUCGCACAUUUUUCUUUUUUUAGUGUGGUGGCACAACAUUGUUCUCCUCUUCAGCCAUCAGCCCUGACGUGAAACCCACCAUGUCCGGGAAGGAGCGCAGCCCCCGCCACCGGCCGUGGUCGGUCUACCGGGCCAACACGUUUGAUCUCUCGGCUGAGAUGAUGGGGCUGGCUCUCUCAGGAAACAGUCAGGAUCCAGACGAGCCAGUGCUGGAGUUUAGCGUGGCCUGUAGUGAGCUGGUUACUCCCUCUCUGGAUCGUAAGCCAACCAGCUUCGUCGCCGUCAGCUGCACGACUCCGCCCCAGGCCUUCUGGACCAAACACGCUCAAACUGAAAUCAUAGAGGGCACCAGUAACCCCAUAUUCCUGAGCAGUGUGGCCUUCUUCCAGGACUCUCUGAUCACACAGCAGACUCAGGUCAAGCUCUCUGUCUACGAUGUCAAAGACCGCUCGCAGGGCACGAUGUACAUGCUCGGUUCGUCCAUGUUUUCUGUGAAAGAGCUGCUGCAGGACAAACACCACAGACUUCACCUCACUCUCAGGUCGGCGGAGAACGAGCGCGUUGGGAACAUCACCGUCAUCGCCUGGCAGAUAGAGGAGAAGAGAGAGCAGAGAGCUCCUGUGGCCAGAUUACAGAGAGGAGAUACUGUCAAUGGAAGGAUGGUUCUCCCUGUCGAUGCAAGCUUGACUGAAUCCAUGGGCAUUAAAUCCAAGUCGUCCUCCCUGUGCAAAGAUCCCCUGCUGAAAGCUGCGUUUGGGGGCGUCAUGUCGCGGACGUACCGCUUCCCCACCACAGACGGCAACCACCUCCGGAUCCUGGAGCAGAUGGCCGAGUCAGGUCUCUCGCUGCACAUUCCUCGACAGUUUGUCAAACUGCUGCUGGAGGAAGACGCCGUCAGGGUGUGUGAGCUGGAAGAGCUGGGUGAGCUCUCUGCGUGUUGGGAAAACCUCAGGAGGCAGAUCAUCACUCAGUAUCAGACCAUCAUCCUCACCUACCAGGAGACCAUCAGUGACCUGCACGAAUACAAAGGUCCAUCUUUUAAGUCUAGCACCUUAAAGGCUGAGAGGAAAUUGGAGUUUAUUCCCACAAACUUGCACAUCCAGAGGAUGCGAGUACAGGGAGAGACUGGCUAUGACCACACAUACGACGUUGUGACCAUCGGUGCUCCUGCAGCACAUCAUCAAGGAUUUAAAGGCUGCGGCCUCCGAAAAAUGCUGCACAAGCUGGAAGAAGCCAGGAAACACACCUAUGUGGAGGAAAGCACCCACUCAUCAUCAAGCACCCAAAGCUCUGGUGGUCCCGGCCCUAAAGGGAUGACCUACCAGCCUCAGGAUGUUGUCAAAGCGAAGGAGCUGAUUGGUCAGAUUAACACUCUGAAAACCCAGGUGUGUUACUACACUGAACGUCUGUCUCGAGCCGCGAAGGAGCGGUCGGCCAACGCUCUGGAGAGAACGCUCGCCAUCCUGUCAGAGAAGACCCGUCAGUUGGUGACCGUGUGCGACUCGAAGCUGCUGGCCUCAGCCAUCCUCGCCCUGGCAGCCGCCCGCCCUGAGUUCACACAGCUAGGAACCCCAUCCCCGUCCUCUUCCUCCCUCUCGCCCUCCUCCAGCUCCCCGUCACGCUCUCCCUCCCGCCACCACCCCGCCUCCCCAUCUCGCUCUGCCACCUCGCCGUCUCGCCGCAUUUCUCCCACAGACGGCAGCGAGGGGAGUAAAAACAAGCGCGCCUCUUUCCAGGCGGAUUUACACGAGGAGGAGUGGGAGAAGGUUUGGCUGAAUGUGGAUAAGAGUCUGGAGUGUGUGAUUCAAAGAGUGGACAGGCUGCUGCAGAGAGACAAACUGCAGAGUGACAGCAGCUCUGAGGACGUCUUCGAGCUCGCCACCGAGGAGCCCACCACCGCAAAGAAAGAAAGCAGCCCAGAUGUAGAAAAGAAGUCCCCAGGGGAAUGGAACGACGCUCUGUACCCCCUCCUCACCACGUUGACCGACUGCGUGUCUCUGAUGAGCGACAAAGCGAAGAAGUCCAUGGUGUUUCUGCUGAUGCAGGACAGCGCUCCAACCAUCGCCAUGAGCCUCACCAUGCAGUACCGCCGCGACGUCGUCUUCUGUCAGACGCUGACGGCGCUGAUCUGCGGCUUCGUCAUCAAGCUGAGGAACAGUCUGUGUGACUCAGGCUUCCUCAGGCAGCUGCACACCAUCGGCCUGCUGGUGCAGUAUGAGAGCCUGCUCAGUACAUACGGUGAGGAGCUCGCCAUGUUGGAGGAUAUGAGUGUCGGGGUGAUGGACUUAAGAAACGUCACCUUUAAAGUCACUCAGGCGACCUCAGGUUUCGCUCCAGACAUGCUCCCGGUGAUCACGGGAAACAGGAACGGCUUCAACGUCAGGGUGCCGAUGCCCGGGGUGAUGUUCGACUCGCUGCCUCGAGAGAUCCAGAACGGGAUGCUGCUGCGCGUGCAGCCCGUCCUCUUCAACGUGGGGAUCAACGAGCAGCAGACGCUGGCUGAGAAGUUUGGAGACACUUCACUGCAGGAUGUGAUCAACAUGGAGAACAUGACUCGCCUCAGCUCGUACUACGACCAGUUUAAAGAAGUCCUGCCAGAAGACUGCCUGCCUCGCUCCCGCAGUACCACCAGCCUGCCCGAUCUGCUGAAAUUGCUGAGUCUGAAUGUGAACGCCAAGAAGAGCAAGAAUGUGGAGAUUCUUUGGCAAGCAGCUGAGGUGUGUCGCCGCCUGAACGGAGUGCGUUUCACCAGCUGUAAGAGCGCAAAGGACCGCACGGCCAUGUCUCUGACCCUGGAGCAGUGUCAGAUCCUUCAGCAGGAGCACGCCCUCGCCCCGCAGGUCUUCUACCAGGCCUUGGACUGUAUGCGCAGUGAGGGCUGUAGGAGAGAGAACACCAUGAAGAAUGUGGGAUGUCGUAAAUACGCCUUUAACGCUCUCCAGCUCAAAGCCUUCCCCAAACAGUACCGCCCUCCAGAGGGGACGUAUGGGAAAGUCGAGACCUAAGCGGACUCACCUAUAGCCAAAAGACUGAAGGAGAUAAUGAUGAUAGCACCACACAAACAAAACAAAAAAGACCAACACAAACUGGAACAACAACCCUUUGUUCUGUGCUUAAUCACUAUUAAGAUGUCCAAGUGCCAGUGCUACUGUAGAGUGUUUUAUAGCAGUUCCCCCCCCCUCCUCAUGUAGUACUCAAAUCUCACUUUUCACAUCCAGAAAAAAGUAAAAAUGUGGCUUUCUGUGUUUCAUUGUAGCCACUGUGCCGACCACACUGUUGGCUGUGCCAGUCGUAGCGCCAGGGCGCAAAACUGAGUCAGUAUAACUUGGUGUCCCUGAAAAAAAAGAAAAGUUUUUCAGCCUUUAGAUUAAUGGAUGGGGACAUAUCCGUACUUGUCCAUGCUGAUUUUAUUUGGUUUAAUCAGUUUGUCUCUGGAAGGCUGUGGAUAUUCUCUACUUUUCUUUUUGUCAAUAAAUCCUGUGCAAAGACCAAAACGAGCACACGUGUGUAGAAGAGCUCCAUUCUUGUCCCAAAGAGUUUAAAGGCUUUAUAUGUGAUUUCUUUUUGAUCCAGCAGAUGUCGCCCUUGAGCACCAGCAUGAAACCAAAACAA